CUUGAGUGUGGACGUUUGAUCAAGGUUCUGAAAGGCUCCACACGCUAUGAUGAUGCGCUGACCACCUCCGAUCCAAUUGCACCUCCGCCAUCGUCAACAACGACUGCUCUGUCUACUACCUCCUCUACUGUACGUGUACGACCGCGGCAACGGCUCCUCGCUCCUGCACAAUUGCAAUCAAAUUUAUCUGCAGGUCAUGUGGUGCCACGAUGGCUACGUUCGACCUUGUCCUCCUGUCAUCAUCCCCGCCGACCACUAGCAAUGAUGUACGGCAACGAUCGACUCCUCCAAGCAACCAGCAACGCGUCGCCUUGCCCGCCCCAUCCCCUCCUUUACUCCCUACAAAUGCAAGUAGCAUGGCACAGCUAUCCGGCGCGUUAAGAUCGGGAUCUCGCGCAGCUCUCAUUCCUGAGGGUGCGGUUACGGGGUUUGCCACCGCUGGGAGUCUGUUCCGGUCGCACCAUUUUGACCUCACCACUGAAGAUUCCCCUCCACCACCAGCGGCAACAUCGCGCCGUGCAAAAUACCAGGAAGACGAUCAAAAGCCUACGAGGCCCAGGAAACAGCCCUCCAAAGCGAAAGCGAAAGCGAAGGCCAAAACCGAUGCCGACAGCAUUGAACCCAAGCCUAGGAAAGGCAGGACUCGCAAGGUCAAGGAAACCAAUAGGGACGGCCUGCCUGCAGCACCCACCACUUCUUCUCAUUUUCCUAUUGUUGAGCCCUCAAUCACAGACAGCGCCCCAGUCGAAUGUGCAGCACCUGCACCGAAAGCCAAACCCACCAAGCCUCGCAAGCCUCGCGCAGUAAAAGAACCGAAUGCAGACAAUGUUGGGGAAAAUGAGGCGGGUACAAAGACAGACAAAGCCAAAAGAAGCCGCAAAUCAGUAAAAACUCAGAAGGGAAGCGUGGUGUCUGAACAUUUUGGUAAUCUGGUUCAACAGGUGGGGUUGUCUUGCGAUGGGAAAGAGCCUCUUGGGGUAGCCUCUGCCGUGCAAGAGGCGCCGCCAUUGCAGGCAACAAACAACUGCAAUGAGAACCUGGAGGUCGAAGAGGCCGUAGCGCGCCGGCGGGAUUGGACACCUGUGAAGGAUACCAUCCCUGAGAUCCAGGAUCAUUGCAACGAGCCCAGUAUCAGGGUGGAGAGUGGCCUGCCGGUGCAAACGAAUUCAUUUAGCAGUAUGCUCACGAGCUUUGCGGUUGAGACUUUAGAGGCACGGGACACUGCCGAUGGUACCUCGAAGAACUCGAAGAGCACUACUUCGACAAGGAAACGAAGAGUUGAGCUUGUCGAAGGCCCGAACAAUCAGCCUGCCUCCCGAGACUCUUCUCCCGUGAAGAAAGCGCCAAAGAAGAAGCCGAGGACAAUAACAGAUCUUGUAACAGGCCAAUAUGCAGCUCAAGAGGCCGAUCCGAUCUCGAACCUAGAGCCGAAGGCGUUCUUUGAAUCACGUGGAAAUACAGUCAAGAUUCCCUUGAAUGAUGUAUCAAAUCGUCAAAUGGGAACAGCCACGAACAAGUCAACACGUAAGCCACCGACUUCAAAAGCAGCAGCGAAGAAGAAAAGCUCGAAAUCACAGAAUGGUUCCAGUAAGCCGCCAGUGCCACCGAAGAUGAUGGCAGAUAAACUCCUGAGUCCGUCGUCGGCAAUGUCAAAAUUUAAAAAACAAGAUGUUCUCUUUGGCACAUCAAGUCAGCUUGCGCUCGAAGAAUCUCCAUCCACAGUUCGCCAAAUACAACAAGCCAUUCGGGAAUCCGAGCACGACUUGAUUCCGUUCUCCGGAAACCUAUUGUACGCCCAAUCGCCUGCCUCUAAGGGCAUCAUGUCAAGGAUGCAAAAGCAAGAUGGUAAGCGUGGCCUCUGGGCCGCAAGCGCAAGGGAUGAAUGUGGCCAGAUGCUUGAGCAGCAGGAGGAAAUAUACAUUCCAGAACCAGACCGCACUCAAGACUUACCCCUUCUUAUGGACGAUACCGUUGAUGACCACCCUGACGAAAUGCACAUCACCGAUACGAUAGAUGUAGGAGACGAUCGUGAAGAGAUCAUCCAUAUAUCGUCUGAUCUUCCGACGCCCCCUGCGACAGUGCUGGAAGAACGUAGAGAACUAGCGUACACCGAUGCCGAAGAAAUACUACCAAACAUUGAAGGUCAUACACCUGCACCAAUACCCAUUUGCGAUAUUAGCUCCGACUUCCCAGACAUUGAUGAUAUACCUCUAUCUACGCAACCGCAGAGGUGGAGCCCGCCUUCAUCAGAUCCACCACUGAAGGGCACUCUCAUAUCUCCAAGAAGAGGUCGAGGCCGUCCACCAAAAUCGCAUUCCGCUUUCCCCGUCUCAAAAGUGCCCACUCUUAACCCUGAAUUACGACCAGAAAACGAUAUUACCAACCCGCGCACGCCGCCUAGGCCGACAGGGCGAUUCGCAAAUAUCGAAGAAAUACUUGAUUCCGAAGAUGAUGAAGCUUUGAGUCCAACCCCGCCCCGGAACUCAAAAUUCAUCAAAUCACCUCCCUUAGCCCUAGUGCCAUUGUCACUUCCAGGCCACGAGCCUGCAGCUGAGAAAGAGAAUGUUGAUGACACUGUCAUUCCUGUUAGCAUGGUGCCGAUAGUACAUCUCCAAUGGAACGCCAUCAAGACUAGCGUAUUCAAGCAGAUGACUUCCACUAUCCGUGCACUUCGUCCAUCUAUGAAUCCCCUAGAGCCGUCCUGGUAUGAAAGGAUUCUAAUGUAUGACCCGAUCAUCGCGGAAGAUUUGACAGAGUACUUCAACACAUCGACCAGCAUACGAGUGUGGAGAAGAGCUACCCAGAAACAAAUCAAAAGUUUCAAUAAGCAGAGGAAACUCCAGAAAGAGAAGCCCUUGGUCGUGGAAAAUGAGGAAGAUCAUGCCCUCGCUGUAGAGAAAGAGCUAGAACCUUGGAUGGUACAACGUUGGUGCCAGGAAAUGAGCAUUUGCUGCAUCAACAGAGAAGGAAAAGGACGAGGCGGCGCACGGAAAAGUCAUUUUUGAGGCGCAUGCCACUUUUGGUAUGCUUGAUUCUUACAACGCGAUACCCUGAAACGAACAUGAUAUUUUCGGUUAUGAUCCAUUACGACUAGAAUGAUAUUACGAUUAGCCAAAGAUUCGAGGACCUAUGUGAUGGUGUUUUUGACCUUGAUCUACAAACGCUUAUGGCUGUCGCGACCCGAUCACGAGAUCACGUGAGCAUUUUACUUGGCACUUCCGCAUUUUAGAUCUGUAGGCUGG